UGGUAACUCUCUCGUUAAACGUUUUAUAGUGACAUUUUCGAACAUAACACAUCAGACAUACUCAUUGACUGACUACAUCGCCACCACGUCAUCAUGUCGAAGCUGGAACGGGUCCGUUCGGGGAUAGCGAACUAUGACUACAUCAGAUUUGCUAUUUGUGAUAUCAAUGGAAGAAGUCGUGGCCAUGUAGUACCAAGCCGCAACGCUGCUAAGUAUUUGGAAGGAGGGCUUGACACAUUUGAGGGUUUGCUGAUGUUCGGCCAUGAAACUGAAGUGGUUGCUUUACCGCAUAAGAAAGGUUAUCACUAUGGAAACAUGACCCUUGUGCCCGACCUUGAUACAUUUAGACCGAUUCCGUGGGGAGGAGAUGGCAAAGCCAAGGUCGCUGAAAUUUUGUGUGAAUCCCAAUGGAAGACCGACAACUCUCCCCAGGAAGCCUGUCCUAGGUACGUUCUGAGGCAACAGAUCAAACGUCUAGAUGAACUCGGCCUAGAUUUAUAUUCUGGAUUUGAAAUAGAAUAUUUUCUGCUCCAUGCUGAUACAAUGAAACCAAUAUUUGAUGGAAAGGCCAUCAUGUGUCACAGAAAUCAAAACAAAAAUGGGCCACUGCUGUUCAAGUUUGACGGAGAUUUGUUCAAAGCAGGCGUUGAUAUGGAUAAAAUCCAUUCUGAAUACGCGUCAGGUAUGUUUGAAGCUGUGAUGAAACCGCAAUAUGGCAUAGAAGGAGCUGAUUUAACAUUCAAGCUAAAACAAGGCCUACUGGAGAUGGCUGAUUUGAAUGGCCUGAAGGCCACUUUUAUGUCCAAGCUAGAUCUGGAGGAAACUGGAUGUGGGGCCCAUUACAACUUUUCAUUGCUCUCCAAAGAUACAGGGGAAAAUACCUUCUAUGACCAAAAGGCCAGUGAUGGGUUAUCAACAACUGCAAAACAGUGGAUUGCAGGGAUCCUGAAACACAGCAAGGCACUGACUGCGUUGACUUCACCCACAAUCAACUGCUACAGGAGACUUCACCAGCCUUGGUCUCCAGGAAGUAUCUUCUGGGGUAUUGAAGACCGCGAGGCCUCUCUCCGUGUGAAGAACCACGGACCUUCAGGAACCUACCUAGAGAACAGGAUGCCGAGCGGAAGAAGCAACCCGUACAUUGUCAUGGCGGCCACAAUUGCUGCCGGAUUGGAUGGGGUCAAGAACAAGCUGGUAUGCCCACCUACGGCGAGUUUGAAAGAGGGCAAAGCUCUUCCCUAUACCCUCGACGAGGCUUUAAAGGAUCUCGAAGCUGAUACAGACCUGGUGAAAGCAUUGGGAGAGGAGUUUGUUAGCUGGUUUGUCAAGUGCAAAGAGUUAGAUUUGAAGAGGUUUGCCGGACUGGUGGAUGACAUGGAGAGAAUGGCGCUAGAAAAGAAAAUCUACUUUUGAACGUUUUCAUGGAGAAUGAGUCUUUCCUAAAGCUGGGCAUAACUUGCUAAUACCUACUCCAGAUCCAGCUAGUUAUCAUAAUUAUUUACAAUCUACACUCCAGACUUCAUAAUAUAGUGACACUAACAGAAUGAGUUUCUCUCAUAGCAUAACCUCAUGUGCUAAUAUUUAUCUACUUUUGAACUUUUCUGUGAAGAAAGACUCUUUCUCAAAACAUAUGUCAAUUUGGCAAUACUGAAGAUCCAGCGAGUUAUCAUAUUCAUAAUCUGCACUCAAGGCCAUGAUGAAAAAAAUGACAUUUUAGUAAAGGGACACUAACAGUAUUAGGUAUGAAGUGUUUGGCAAUUUUACACACGAGGAAGAAACUUUAUGGAUGUCAAGUUCAUUAUUAUGAGGAACAACGCUUCAGAGCAUAUACUUGAUCAUGAUGUAGCAAGUGUAAUGCACAAUACGAAGACCGAGACAAACAGAGGGAAAAUGAAAACUUGCACUUAAAAUUCGUUUAAUUAAAAGUUGAUAUUUUAACGUCUAUAUUUGUAACACCCCCAAAGAAUCUUAAAAGCGCUAACGCGGAUGGCAUGGUUUCAUUAAAGGGGCACUGAUCUAACGCAAUUCCCCGGGACUGGU